AUGAUAUACAGCCAGGAGGAGCCUGUAGCCAAGGGGAGAGCACACACACACACCUACACACACACACACACACACACACACUCACACAGUCACACCUCCACUGCCAGCACUGACUUCCCUGCUGUUUCUCAUUCUUCGCAGGUCAAAGGGAUUUUCUGUGAAAGCUGCAAGUCCUGCCACACAGUCAUCAUGUAUAAGCCAACAAAAGAUGAUAUUUAUGCAUAUGCGCUGUCCAAGACCCUGACAAAGGUUUCAUCACCGGCAACUGUAGGACUCUACUCUUCGUGUCAGAAUCGAAUUAACAUGAUCCUCGGACAAAUGGAAGUGUACAUGACAGAGGAGGCUUCGAGGAUUGAGAAGGAACGCAAAGGACGCAGACCUCGCUCAAAUCCACCUUCAUUUAGCAGCUUUCUAGCGCUCAUCGGCCGGAUACUCUUCUACAGGCCCGUUUGGACGGAGGAGAACCAGCAGUUCCAUAACAUCAGGUUCAUUUAUGUAAAUUUCAGUGCCUGGCACUUUGCAGGAAGCGACCUGCUUUGGGCCGGGAUCGCCAUACGUCUGUUUCAGGCCAUGCAGAUGAACUUUGGGAAAUUACAGCUUGUACUCUACCGGACGGCUCAACAUGAUGAAGAAGAAGAAGUCAAGCAGAAGAAAGUGGAGGAUACUCCGAACCACUGGAGGUCCAAAAAAAUUUGCUGCUGCCCCCUGUGGUUUCUUGUCCUCUCUAUAAUUAUGAUACCAAUUAUCAUCCUUGUAACCUGGUUGGUUUUUGGCCUUCCCCAACCUGAGGUGCCACCAAGUGCUGCAGUGAAUGGAACAAGCAGCAAGGUCAGUGUGGUGGAGGGCCUGGUCAUCGCUGCGUUGGGAGUCCCUGCAGCAAGUGCAUUGAGGUUUGUCUUUGUGAUGGGUAAGAACCUCAUCCUCACCCUGGAUCUGAACAUCAAGAAGGGGAUGGAUAAUGACCGGAUCAGCAGCCAACUGGGCUUCAUGAACGAAGUGAGGAAGGAAAUGUGGUUCAUGUCUGAAUUCAUCAAGUUUAUGGAGGUGUUUGAGAGGAGGAGGAUCCGAGUGGUACUUGAGAUCACCAAUCUGGACCGCUGCUCUCCCAAGAAAAUUGUUGCCGUUCUUGAAGCCAUCAACAUUCUACUGUCAAAUGAGGAAAGUCCGUAUAUUUCCAUCCUGGCCGUCAACCCAGAUGUUGUCGUGCAGAAGGUGAACUUCGCAGAUGGCUGUUUCAGCAAAGAGGACCGGGCUUAUGCGCUGUUGAACCGCAUCGUGACUCUGGCCUUCACAGUCCCACCACUGUGUGACGAUUCAAGACUCGGUUUAUUUUACAGCCUAACUAGCAAUUCAAAAACCUCUGAGGACAGAUGCUGCAAACAGAGCUCCUCCUCAAGAUCAUUUGAAGUGGAGAUUGCAUUUGAUGGAAGAGAGUCACAUCAACUGAUGGAAAAAAACGCAGCAGAGCUGGAUGUAAACGAGGAGGAAGUAGAGAAGUUGGUCAUGAGCAUCCUGACGACCAGUGAAAGGAAUCUAAACAAGUACAUGUCAGAGGAUGUCAUGUCUAUGAGGAGGGUGAUCAACUCCAUUCGAGUGACUGUGACCAUCAUGAAGGCCUUGAAGAAAGAGAUUCCUCAAUCAAAAUACAUCGCAGCAUGGGUGGUGUUGGCCAAUCAGUGGCCUUGCCGCCUCAGCUGGAUCCUCCAGUGUGUUGAAGAUGCUGAUCAGAGGGCCGAUAUUGAUCAGAACAAUGUGACCAACACUGAUGAUUCCUUGUGGAAAAUCUUCAGCGAGUCCAGGGCAGAGCUGUAUGUGAUGAGCGCAAGGAUUGAGGACCUCCUUGAGCAGGAUGGAGAUCCUGAGAUGUUUGAAAGAUUUCUCAAGGUAGAUUUCCAAUUCACAGUAAAGGACUUGAAGAUGUUUGAAGGGGCGACGGUGAACCUGAAUCACUCGAUUCGGAAGGAGCUGGCUCACAUCAGAGGGGCAUCCAGGCUGAAAGAUUCUGGUUGGAUGAGGAACCUGGCCCCUCUGCCAGUCACAACUAUCAUCAAGAUGGACACAGAGGAUGUAUGCAAAGAGCUGGAGAGGAUGAAAUACCCGAGUAUGUAUAUUGAUAUUGUGAGAAGAAAUAACCUCAACGGUUCAGCACUGGUCUUUGGCGAUGCAGAUGACCUUAAAAACCUCCUGGAUAUGACCUUUGGUGAAUGGGCAACUUUCAGACUGCACUUCCUGGGUUUACCAACACAUCUCCGACAACAAUACAAGAACAUGCCACCGAAUCAUCUUCACAACCAGCAGCCCCUUCGUGCUUCCCUUCUCUACUCAUCCACUGCCAGUCUCUUUAACAGCUUUACGUAA